UUCUCUCUCUCUCUCGCUCUCUCCCUCUCUCUUCCUCUUCUAGGGAUUGCAGAGUAGCGCAGCCAGAAAUCCGCCAUUCCCGCGAUGGAUCGAUCGUCGCUCCUCCGCAGCUAGUCCGUCGCACCGCUCGCGCAGGUCGUGCUCCCGCUUCGUCGACGAGAAGACCAUGGAGGACACCAACUCAGUUGCCAAACUGAUCGAUUCUACCAAUUGUAAGAUCCAGCAGCUUCAGAAGGCUUUUGCUGAACUUGAAAGUCACCGGGCUGUAACUCUUAACUUGAAAUGGAAGGAACUUGAAGAGCAUUUCCAUGGACUUGAAAGAUCAUUGAAGAGGCGGUUUCAUGAACUUGAAGACCAAGAAAAGGAACUUGAAACAAAAGCUACAAAGGCCAGAGAGAUGCUGGAGAAGCGCGAAGCUGAUGUCUUGGCCAAGGAAGAAGCUUCAUUGGAGAGGCUCCAGGUGAACAGAGAUGCAGCUGCCUUAGCAGUUUCCAAUGCUCUGAAGAAGCACCGCAGGGCUUCAUCUGUGGAGCUUGCUGUUGUUGCUGGAGAGGAUGAUGCUGGAGUGACUAGCUCAGAAGAGAAUUCUGCCAGUGUUGUGACUACUGAGAGUUACUCGGAAGACACAGAAGAUAACUCUGAGGUCUGCUCUGCAGAGGUGACAUCCUAUCCUCUCUUGGAUAAAUUAUGUAAAGACAUGGAUUCUGAAGGGCUCCACAGAUUUAUCUCGGACAACCGUAAGAACCUUGCUAUAAUCAGAGAUGAAAUUCCUUUUGCUCUGAAAGCUGCCCCAAGCCCUGCUGGUUUGAUCUUGAGAUCUCUUGAAGAUUUUUACAGCAUGGAUCUGCCAAAUGUAGAUGGGAAGAAAGACUCGAACCUUUUGGGUCUCCGGCGGACCAGCAUCAUGCUUAUGGAAUGCCUUAUGGUUAUGCUCGGAAAUGAUGGUAUCUCUGCUUCUGAUAUCAUCUCGGAAGAUGUUAAGCAGCAGGCCAAAGUGAUUGCUGAAGAGUGGAAACCAAAACUUGAUGCUCUUGACAUGAAUUCAAGCAAUGGGAAUUCUUUGGAGGCUCAUGCGUUUUUACAACUUCUGGCAACCUUUGGAAUUGCUUCUGACUUUGAAGGGGAGUACUUAUCAAGGUUAAUACCUAUGGUUUCACGUCGCCGCCAAACUGCUGAACUUUGUCGCUCCCUUGGUUUGACCUCAAAAAUGCCAGGUGUUAUCGAACUUUUGGCUAAUAGCGGUAGGCAAAUAGAUGCUGUUAAUUUGGCAUUUGCAUUUGAGCUAACGAACCGGUUCUAUCCUGUGCCUUUACUGAAAUCUUACCUGAAAGAUGUCAAAAAAUUCUCCUCACCUGUCAAACCCGGAAACAGCUCUCCUUCAGGACAGAUCGAAGUGAAUGAGAAGGAGCUCUCUGCACUUAAGGCUGUGAUAAAGUGCAUUGAAGAACACAAGCUGGAGGAGCAGUUUCCUGUUGAUCCGCUUCAAAAGCUGGUCCUCCAGAUGGAGAAAGCUAAGGCCGACAAGAAAACUGCAGCUGAAGUUGCAAAGCCUCAACCGAAGAGACCCCGUGCUGGUGGGGUCGCUAAUGGGCAUCAUGUUGUUACCUUUGCUGCUGCCAACAAGACUUUCUACCCGAACGUAGCCGAUGGGUACCCGCAGUACGUAUAUGACAGGCCUUAUGUUUACCCUGCACCCACCGACAAUCGUGGUCAGCCAAUGUUGGCUGCUGCAGCGUACAACUUACCACCGAGUCAUGGCAACUUCUAUGGGAACGCCUACCACUACCACGCCCCCUUUCUUCAUUAGUUAGGAGAAGGCAACCUCUUUUAACUGCUAGUUUUAACCCCUUGAAUGUUGUACUGUGAUGUAUGGUGACUAGUUAUUAGGAACCGCAUAAAUCCAUGUUAAUCUCGUCUCAUGUUCCAGCGACUCUUUUAAUUUCUAAUCUAUGUACUGUACUUUUAACUUUGUGAAACUUAUCAGCAGUUCUGUAUGUCCAGCA